AUGCCUCAAAACGAGUAUAUUGAACAGCACAUCAAGCAACACGGUAAACGGUUGGACCAUGACGAGCGUAAGCGUAAGCGGGAGGCUCGUGAGGUGCACAAGAUUUCUGAGCGUGCGCAGAAGUUGACUGGGUGGAAGGGUAAGCAGUUUGCAAAGAAACGUUACGCUGAGAAGGUUGCUAUGAAGAAGAAGAUCCGUGCGCACGAGCAAAGCAAGGUGAAAGGAGGGUCGAAGCCUUUGGACGAGAAUGGAGAGGCUUUGCCUACGUAUUUGUUGGACAGAGAGCAGAACAACACUGCGAAGGCUAUUUCGAGCUCGAUCAAGCAGAAACGGUUGGAGAAGGCGGACAAGUUUUCUGUUCCAUUGCCUAAGGUGAGAGGGAUCAGCGAGGAGGAGAUGUUCAAGGUUGUGAAGACCGGUAAGUCUAAGUCGAAGGCGUGGAAGCGUAUGAUUACGAAGCACACGUUUGUUGGUGAGGGAUUCACGAGAAGACCUGUGAAGAUGGAGCGUAUUAUCAGGCCCAGUGCGUUGAGACAGAAGAAGGCGAACGUGACGCACCCGGAGCUUGGGGUGACGGUGUUCUUGCCUAUUCUUGCGGUGAAGAAGAACCCUCAAUCGCCUAUGUACACGCAACUUGGUGUGUUGACGAAGGGUACGAUCAUCGAGGUGAACGUGUCUGAGUUGGGGAUGGUGACGUCUGGUGGUAAGGUUGUUUGGGGUAAGUAUGCGCAGAUUACGAACGAGCCGGACAGAGACGGGUGUGUCAACGCGGUGCUUUUGGUGUAG